AUGUUUAGAUUUAGAUUACCGUACCAAGUUUUAGUCUCUAAACGGUACUUACGAACGUUAUUAAACAUAUUAUUAAUAGUUCUUGGAGUGUUAGUUGUGUAUGCAACACAUCAAAAGAUAAUAUUUCGUCAUGAGUUGCCUAUUGAAUUUACAUUUGAUGAAAAUUACUUCCGUCAUUAUUACGAAUCUUUCCCUGAACAGAAACAAUUUGAUUACUUUGCUGGUGAUAAUGACUAUUACGACAAUUAUUACAAGUUGAAUAAUAUGGUCCCACCGGGUAAUGUAAUAUUGAAUAUUGGAAUUCAAGAUUGUACGAAUGUGUUUAACUUAAAUAUGUUUUGUACUAACAAAGACUCUUUGGCCUCUAUUCUUUCAUCUGAGGACUCUUUAAAUACAGUUGCCAAUUACACUGCACGUACAGUUCUACGUCCCGAUAUAAGCGUAGAUUCGAGAUAUUUUUCACGAUACGUUUAUUUCGAUUCCAUACCAUUGGAAACACUUUUACAAUUAGAAGUGCCUGAAUUACAAAUACCUCUAUUACAAAAUGCUCCUGAUGAAUCAUCAACAAUCAAUUGGCUCGGUAUAAUCUUCCGUCACACUACUUUGCAAUCUCUUCUUUCUUCGGACCAACCUCUCGCCACGCAUGCAUACCAACAUGGUCUAAUAUCUAAUGCAGAUGUGUUAUUCGGUCAUGACGCAGUAGAACCUCGACCCAAUUACGCUUUACAAGGGGUUAUUGCUAACGGUUCCGACUCGCUCCCUGCAUGGCUUUCGCUUCAGAUAUUCUCACCACCUCAGCGGCUAUCACACCAAGACGGUCCUCGCCUGACAACUGACCCUGCAAAUCAUAAAUUCAAAAUUGUGCAAUUGGCAGAUCUACACUUGAGUACUGGCUAUGGUGUUUGUCGAGACCCAUUUCCUGCCAACCUUAUAGCUGACGACGGUUCAUGCCAUGCAGACCCAUUAACUUUACAAUUUGUAUCACAAGUCCUAGACGAAGAACAGCCACAAUUAGUAGUAUUCUCUGGUGAUCAAAUCAUGGGUGACAGAUGCAAGGCAGAUUCUAAGACUGCUUUACUGAAAGCUGUGGCACCUGUGAUCCAACGUGGUAUCCCUUGGGCUAUGAUCUGGGGUAACCAUGAUGAUGAGGGCUCUAUGGACCGUAUCGAGAUCUCUGAGUUUGCAGCUGCUCUCCCUGGCUCACAAUUUCAAUUCACUCCCUUUGACACUUCUGACAACACAUUUGGGGUGGGAAAUUACCUCCUAAAUGUAUACGAUACUCAAGACGUUACACAGGUUACCCCUGCAUUUACCCUAUACUUCCUAGACUCUCACAAGUAUGCCACUACUGGCCGUUUCUCUGCUGGUUACGACUGGGUCAAACCCAAACAACUUCAUUACUUCCAAUACCAACACGACCAAUUACCGCCUACAGAACCUCAACACAUCAGCAUGGCAUUCCUUCAUAUCCCAGUACCAGAAUACCGCAACUUGCAAUCCAAUCGUCCGGAAACUCGCGGCGAAUUAAACCCCUUCGUAGGGAACCACAAAGAACCUGUGACUGCUCCUGCGCGUGAUUCAGGCACUCUAUCAAUGCUUCAACAGCUGGGUAUCUCUGUCGUAUCAUGUGGCCAUGAUCAUUGUAAUGAUUACUGUUUAGAAGACGACUCAACAGGCAGCGAUGUAUGGCUAUGUUAUGGUGGUGCUGCAGGUGAAGGUGGUUAUAGUGGUUAUGGUGGAACAGAACGUAGAAUACGUAUCUACGAGCUCGAUGCAAAGGCAGGACGUGUAGUCACUUGGAAACGCAGAAGAGGUAGCAUGAACGAGGCACGUGACUACCAAGUUUUAGUUGACCGCGAAACUGAAUCAGACCUGCACGUGCCCGAAGUGCCGGACUUUCCGAGGGCACCACAGGCGAGCGAUAUGCAGUGA